CACCACCCCUAUACCCAUCCGGUGUAUUAAAUACAAUCGCGCGCCACGUGAUGCUCCGCCAGCCAAUCAGCGCGACUCCUCGACGCCUCCCGCACUCUAUACCGCUGUAAGGGAAAGUGAAAAAAAAAUUUGACUGAGGAGAAUUUUAAAAUUAAAAAAAACAAGAAUUGUUGUGAUGGCGGCAGAAAUUCAAGAGAGGAGGGCGAUCGAGGCGGCCGACGUCGACGAGAACAUCGACGACGAUGACGACCUCGACGAGGACGAGAUGGAGGAGUCCCUGUGGGAGAGGCUUUGCGCUCUCUCUGAGAUGUUCCCACCGCGCCUCCUCUCCUCCUUCUCCUCCGCUCAGCGCAGCGCCUCCAGCGUCACGGCCAGCCUCUACACGUUGGGCCGCUCCCUGCUGUGGGUCUCCACCACCUCCUUCAUGAUCCUCGUCCUCCCCGUGGUCUUUGAGACGGAGAAGCUGCAGCUGGAGCAGCAGCAGCUGCAGCAGCAGAGACAGAUUUUGCUGGGACCAAGUGCAGGAGUCUCAGGAGGAAUACUGCCUCCUCCUAAAACAUAGACACACAACAACAACAACAACAACCGCCAUUCGCCACUAAGUGGCGGUGACGUCACCACGACGCUUGUGCCAGGACGCACACACACAGAGACACACACACACAGACGCACACACAGAGACUCAC